AUGUUCAAAUAUCCUCUUUCAUGGCUCGCAUGCGCCGUACCUGUCCUCGCCCAGGUUCAAAGCUUUCAUCCUCAAGGCCAUGAUGAUAUCACCUAUAGUGUCAAUGUUCCAAAUGAUACAGCCAGAUCUGGCUCGGGCCCUAUAUACCUCCAGAUGAAUGCGACUCGCCAAAUGCAAUGGUUCGCCUUCGGACAAGGAACACAAAUGGCAGGUGCGAAUAUGUUCAUCGUCUAUGCGUCUGGCGACAACGUCACGGUUUCUCCGCGGCUGGGUGUUGGCGAGAUCGAGCCUUUGUACAACAGCGACGCCCAGAUCACAAUCCUGAAUGGCAGUGGGGUGCACGACGGAGUUUUGAGCGUUGCUUUCCGAUGUGAUACCUGCAUAAAAUGGAACGGAGGGGCAGAAGACAUCACCAGCUCAUCCAGUCCAUGGAUUUGGGCCGUCAAGUACGGCCCCUCACUGGACUCUGUCAGCAAAUCCGAAUCUCUCAUCCAGCAUGAUGAUCGCGGUGUUACGUCCGUCGAUAUGAAAAAAGCGACAGGUGGCAGCUCAGACAACCCAUUCGCCCAGAUGUCCCGCGCGCCCAUCGCUUCCGGUAAAGAAGACCCAAACUAUACAGCGUUCCAGAACACGAUGAACAGAAAGAAGACCGCUCAUGCUGUGCUCAUGAUUUUAGCAUUUGUGAUCAUGUUCCCAUUCUUUGCACUCGGACUCCAUGUUGUGCCCUCCAAGUGGACAGUGAGGAUCCACGGGACUUUUCAACUGUUCACUCUGGGAGUGGCUGUCGCUGGCCUCGGCGUCGGUGUUUCUUUGGCACGACAGAUUGCGGUGAUUGAUUCUUACCAUACGAUCAUCGGGAUCAUCGUUGUCGGAUGCCUUGUUUUGUUUCAACCUGCUAUGGGGCUAUUGCAGCACCAAUUCUUCCGAAAGACCGGCGGCAAAGGACCUUUCGCAUACAUACACCGGUGGUUUGGACGACUGAUGAUAAUCUUGGGUAUCAUCAAUGCUGGGUUGGGGUUCAAGCUUGCAGAAGGGCCACGUGGGGCUAUUAUUGCAACCAGCGUAGUUGCCGGCGUGGUCGCAUUGUUUUAUAUUGUGUACCUGCAUCGCAAAUCGCUGCAUAACAAACCGAACGUUCACAUUACCUACGACGAAGGUAUUCAUAUCGUCCGCCAAUUCCUUUUCUAUGCAUCAAAACAUUGCGUCGAAGAUCUCCAGGCAUUUACCCGUCAAUGGGUUCCAAGCCCACAUUGGGUGAGAACCGAGACCGUCGCAAUCCCGAAUAGUUUCUUGACAUCUGCUGCGGAAGCUGUUACAAAGCAACUAGGUCCCAAGGGGAUCACACGUGUCGGGGGUGAGAAAUGGUGGCAAUGGCGUGGGCCGUCCGAAGAACUGAAGGGGGAGUGGAUUGAGAUGCGCAACCACUACAACGAAGCGCGGAAGGCCAACGAGCGCCCCAACCGAGUGAUGCUGUACAUUCAUGGUGGCGCUUACUUUUUUGGAAGCGUCGAUACCCAUCGCUAUAUGAUGCAGCGCCAUGCGCGCAAGCUGAGGGGACGCGUUUUUGCACCAGCCUAUCGGCUGUCGCCGCAAUUCCCCUUCCCGUGUGGCCUGCAUGAUUGCAUGGCCGCUUACCUAUGGUUGCUUAAAUCUUACGAACCGAAAGAAAUUAUCAUCGCUGGUGACUCUGCGGGCGGAGGCCUGGCUCUCUCAAUGCUGGUCAUGAUGAGAGAUCAAGGUAUUCCUCUGCCGGCCGGUGCCAUUUUGAUCUCACCUUGGGUCGAUUUAACGCACUCUUUCCCGAGUAUCGUUGAGAAUAAUCCUGGUGAUUACAUUCCUCCCUAUGGCUUCCGGCAUAGACCAUCGCCCGCCUGGCCGCCUCCCAAUGCCGAUGACAUCCUGAAGAUGAAGAAAUUGUCGCGCCAACCAACAGUCACCACCGAAGACGUCAAGAAUGCAAUCCCCAAACAUAAGAGUUCUGCCGAAGAGACAGCCAUCCGCGGUUACACCGUUCAUGGGAACACCCCGCCCCCAGCCCAGCAUGCCUACCCUGGCUUACAGCAAUCCGCCAAUCCUGCUACGUUGCACGCCGAACCCGAUAACAUACACGUUGUUUUGGACGGGAAGACUGUCGAGUUAAAGGACCAGAUUCAAAUGUACACGACGAAUCAGCUCAUGUCCCAUCCUCUUGUCUCGCCAGUCCUUCAACCCUCUCUUGGUGGCCUUCCUCCUUUACAAAUAUUGAGCGGCGGCGGUGAAAUGCUUCGUGACGAACAGUUCUACGUUGCCCACAAAGCUGCUAACCCGAAAGCCUACCCACCUGGGGAUGCAUAUCUCGAUGAGCACGAUCCCAACCGGGAGAUCUUGAACAAGUAUGAACCAACUUAUGUUCAGUUGCAAGUCUGGGACGACCUCUGCCAUGUGGCCCCCACUCUGAGCUUCACACAGCCAGCCAAGUAUAUGUUCCGAUCUAUCGCCCAGUUCGGCUCUUGGGCGUUGGCGCGUGCACAGCAUGGUGUGGUUGAAAUUGAGGAUGACAGCGCCUUGUCGCCUGGCUCGUCAAGCGCUUCCGAUGAUGAAGACUUCCCGGCUGUGAACGGUCCGUCUAAUGGACAUGGGCCCUCAUGUGUCGGCAAGGCUGGGGAUCCUCUGCCGGUGUUUUACGAACAUAUGAUUCGCCAACGAAUCGACAAACGAGGACGUGUAUACCAGCUGGAUCCGCCUUCUUCCUACAAAGUGCUAGAUAUACCCCCCGCCAAAGUUGGUGCAAUCAACCCAGAACUCAUCAGGAAAUGGUUGGAAGCAAAGCACGAAUGGGAUAUCAAGUUUGCGAAGGACAAACUUCGGGUUCAGAGGCAACGACUGAAAGAAUUGGCGCAUGGCUUCCAGGACUUCGAUGGCGAAUGUCCUCCACCGAGUUCUCUGGCAGCUCGGCGAGCAGCUCCCGGAGUUCUACCAAAACGACAUGCCAAGAAGAAUUACGGCAUGACGCUCUGGAGUGGCUGGGGAAGCAAGCACGAUGAGCGCAGAAUGGCAAGAAACCAACAGGACGAGGAUUUCGGCCGUCGGUCUACCCGCCAGAGCGUUGAUGCUGGGCAGGCUGGAGCCUGGUCUAGCACUCCAGCGCUGAAUCCCCAAGCCGAAAAGGCUGCAAACGACUACUCUGACAAGGGCGAGUCGCAGGCCGCUGGCCCUACAGCAGGCAUCUGGGAUGAGAAAGAACAAACAAAUAAUGGCGAUUCAUCCACUGGACGCAUUUCCAGUGACCCCGAGACAAGCUCUCGGCUUCCCUCGGAGAAAAGCGCUGCGCCGAUGCUGAUUUUGCCCGAGGUGAGCAACCACAAGUUCACAGAUGAAAAUGCCAGCACGAGGGCUCUGUUCCAUGUGGCCGGAACUCUCCCAUCGAAAUCCGACACCUCGUUAGCUUACAGUAGGAACCGGCCGUCUUCUGCUGCAGGCUCAGCCGCCGGUCGAAGCGAGAUGGUGUCGGACACUGCUAGUACCGUUGGUGGUGACAAGGACUCCGUCGCCCACAUGAAUAUGGCACCCGAUACCGCCAGCAUCCGCGCUGUCUUAGGUGCGCGGGGUAUUGUGGCUCCAAUUGCGGGCGGCGAGUAUGGUCGUCACUCUACAGAUACUCUUUCCGUAUUCUCCGCUGCUGGUCGUGACUCAAUGUCACAUCGUCCUGAGAUGCCGGACAGGGAGGUUUUCAAGACAGCCGAGGAAGCGUUAUAG